AUUAUUACACUCUGUCCUUUACUUUCUUCCUCUUCUCCCUCUUUACUGGACAUACAGCUUUUUUCAAGAGAUGGAAGGAGAAGAACUUCUGAGCUCUCAGUUUCCUCCUGGGUUUCGUUUCCAUCCCACAGAUCAAGAAUUGAUCACGCAAUACCUUUGGAAAAAGGUCUCUGGAUCCUUACCUUCAGAUUGGGCAAUUAUUGCUGACAUCGAUCUGUACAAGUAUAAUCCAUGGGACCUGCCUGAGAAGGCACUAUUUGGUCAAGGAGAAUGGUUCUUCUUCAGCCCACGUGAACGCAAGUAUCCUAAUGGUGCCAGGCCGAAUCGAGCGGCUGCUUCCGGGUAUUGGAAGGCGACGGGCACGGAUAAGCCAAUCUUAGCUGCGGGUAAUGUCCAAUGUAUUGGCGUGAAGAAAGCUCUUGUCUUUUACCAGGGCCGGCCUCCAAAGGGCACCAAGACUGACUGGGUCAUGCAAGAGUAUCGUCUUCUCGACUCCAUGGCCCCAACUCAAACUCAGAAGCAGAAGAGCUCUAUGCGAUUGGACGAUUGGGUUCUGUGUCGAGUUCGAAUGAAGGGGAACACAGUAGGAGAAAAUGACGAAAUGUUCAUGGAAAAUUCAAAUGUUCAGCCAGCUCAAGAGAAUCAUGCGCCGGUGAAAGACAAAAACAACUCCAGUGAAUGGGGGGAACAUUUGAAGUAUCUAUUGGAAUCCCCCAGCGAAGGAAAGGAAACUAGUGGAGAAGGUUCCAGUCAUGGCUUCAUGUGGUCUUCUGAUCAUCUUAGCUGUGUCAAUUAUGGUGACGCACAGCAACAAGAACAAGCACAUCGUUCAAAUGAUGGGUGGUACUCACAAACGGAUCAGUUAGGCUCUUCUGACCAAGGAUGCUAUACUAAGUACUUUACACAUUAA